CUUGGCCGGAGACAGACGCACAGUUCACGGUGAGGAGAGACAUUGGGGAGGGAGGUUGUAGGAAGCAUGCAGGACCAGUGAUCAAUCCGUCCUCGGGUCAAACCAAGACCUUUGCAGAUUCCUCACAGAACAGCAUCUUUACGCAUUGGAUUUAAGCUUCAAGUCGGACCAAAGGAAGGCUUUUCUUUACGCCUGCGCUAUAAACUCCCACAUUUCUUCUUCUUUUUUUUUUUUUUUCGUUCCCCCAUCACCCCCCCUCCCCUUCUUUGCCUUCACGGAGAAGUUUUUGGGAUUUAUCCUCUUUUAGUUCCACGGGACAUGAAUCCCAGCAGCGCGGCGCGCAGCGGCAGCAGUUGACUGAAACAACACAACCGAGCUCAAUGCAUCUUUCUCAAGGGGACUGAAGAGGAGGAGGCACCCUGAGGAACAGCCAAGUCCCCAAACUUUUUUUAUUUAUUUAUUCCUUAUUUAUUAUGUAUUUAUUUAAUAUGGAGCGCUUCAUUUUGUUGACUCUCACCGUCAUGUUGAUGCUGCUGUGCCAGGGGUUUUGUUCGGGAGUUUUUGAGCUGAAGCUGCAAGAGUUUCUGAACAAAAAGGGGGCGCAGGGCAACAAGAACUGCUGCAAAGGAGGCCUGACCUCCUCCUUCCAGCAGCAGCAGUGCGAAUGUAAGACCUUCUUCAGGAUCUGUCUCAAGCACUACCAGCCCAACGCCUCCCCGGAGCCGCCCUGCACCUACGGCGGCGCAGUGACGCCCGUCCUCGGCUCCAACUCCUUCCAGGUUCCCGACGCCAUCCCGGAGAGUUCAUUCAGCAACCCCAUCAGGAUUAACUUCGGCUUCACGUGGCCGGGGACCUUCUCACUGAUCAUCGAAGCGUUACACACAGACUCCAAAGACGACCUCUCCACAGAGAACCCAGAGCGCAUUAUAAGCACAAUGACCACCCAGAGGCAUCUGACGGUGGGAGAGGACUGGUCCCAGGACCUGCACACCGCGGGGAGGACCGAACUCAAAUACUCCUACCGCUUCGUGUGCGACGAGCACUACUACGGGGACGGCUGCUCGGUGUUCUGCCGGCCCAGAGACGACGCGUUUGGACACUUCACCUGCGGGGAACGCGGGGAGAUCGUGUGCGAUGCAGGCUGGAAGGGCCAGUACUGCACAGAACCGAUCUGUUUGCCAGGAUGCGAUGAAGAACACGGCUUCUGCGAAAAGCCUGGCGAGUGCAAGUGCAGAGUAGGAUUCAAGGGCCGCUACUGCGACGAGUGCAUUCGUUACCCGGGCUGUCUCCACGGGACCUGCCAGCAGCCCUGGCAGUGCAACUGUCAGGAGGGCUGGGGGGGGCUGUUCUGUAACCAAGAUCUCAACUACUGCACUCAUCACAAGCCGUGCAUGAAUGGAGCCACUUGCAGCAACACUGGUCAGGGCAGCUACACCUGUUCCUGCAAGCCUGGCUUUACUGGAGCCAGCUGUGAGAUCAAGGUCAAUGAAUGUGCUGGAAACCCAUGCCGCAACGGGGGAAGCUGCACCGAUCUAGAGAAUACAUAUAAGUGCAGUUGUCCUCAUGGUUUCUAUGGCAACAACUGCGAGCUAAGUGCCAUGACGUGUGCCGAUAAGCCUUGCUCCAAUGGAGGCCGCUGUGCUGACAACCCCGAUGGAGGCUAUUUCUGCCAGUGCCCCACUGGGUAUGCCGGAUUCAACUGUGAGAAAAAGAUUGACCACUGUACCUCCGGUCCCUGCUCCAACGGUGCCCGAUGUGUGGAUCUAGUCAACUCGUACCUGUGCCAAUGUCCAGAGGGCUUCACUGGCAUGAACUGCGACCAGACGGGUGAUGUUUGCUCAGCAUACCCUUGCCAGAACGGUGGGACAUGCCAGGAGGGACCCGACGGCUACACCUGCACCUGCCCGCCCGGAUACACCGGACGCAACUGCAGUUCCCCCAUUAGCCGCUGUGAGCACAACCCUUGCCACAACGGAGCCACCUGCCACGAACGCAACAACCGCUACGUCUGCGCCUGCGUUCUAGGGUACGGAGGCAGAAACUGCCAGUUCUUGCUUCCGGAACAUGCUGCGAUCCGAGGAUCGGAGGUCCCCUGGAUGGCCAUCUGUUCCGGUGUGGCCAUGGUGCUGCUGUUGUUGGCGGGAUGCGCCGUGCUGGUCGGAUUUGUCCGAUCAAAAGCUCAGCAGAGCGUACAGGCAGAGAGCGCAGGUGAAGGAGAGACGAUAAACAAUCUGACCAACAACUGUCACCGUGGCGAGAGGGACCUUGCAAUCAGCGUGAUGCCAAUGCCAGGUGUCAAAAACAUCAAUAAAAAGAUGGACUUCUGCAGCGGCGACCCUGAAGAAGACUCUUCACCUGGAAGGAGCAGCUACAAAAGCAGACCUCCCCCUUCAGACUACAACCUGGUGCGGGAGGUGAACUACGAGCAGGCGGCCAAGGAGGCCAUGCUGGAGGCAGCCUGCGAGGAAAAGUAUCAAUCGUCGGACUCGUUGGAGUUUGAAGAAAAACACAGCAAACGUUUAAAAUGCGAUGCAUCGGAAAAGAGAGCCCCAGAACUGUCUGCAUGUGCGGACACCAAGUACAAAUCUGUGUUUGUGAUGUCAGAGGAGAAAGACGAAUGUAUAAUUGCAACUGAGGUGUAAGAAGCCACAAAAUGGACUUCCCGUUGCUCAUUUGCUCUAUGGGAGAGUUUUUAUGCUCCCUCAGAUGCUGCUCUAACCCUAGGGGGAGAUGUCCCGCCUUGAGACUGCUGCUGAUACAGAGACGUUUAACUGAUAUUCAGAGUGAGCUGGUUCUCUACUGGUAACUAAGUGUAGACAGCGGCGGCCUGUGGGAUGAGAACUGGCACUGUGG